CUGGCUAGUGGCUGAGGGACCCUGACUCCGCUAGUCACUUUGCCUCUGUCAGCCUCAGUUUCUUCAUCUAGAGAAUGGGGUCAUGCCUAGAGGGCCUCCCUUAGGUGACUCUGAGGCUCAAAUGAGAUGAAGGGAAUUAAUCAGUGGCGACCACCUGCCCCUCCCAGAAAAUCACCUGCUCACAUGACCUAGAUUUUAUUGUAACUUUAUUUAUCGGGUUCCCUUUGGCAUCCCUGGCUCCCCUGAUGUCAGACAGUGUUUAGCAGGAGGAUGCUGAGAGAGGCUCUGGGCCUUGCUUUUUUCCCCUUCUGUGAAAUGGGAGAGAAGCCUCUAUCUCCACCUGACAGAGGAUGGCUGUGGAGAAACUGGAGGCCUGGCAGGAGGGCUAGGGGAGGGCGGGGGCUGGGCAGGACCCCGACCCUAACCCUUUCCCUGUGCCCUCUGCAGAAAAGGAACAGGGCCAUCACCGCCCGCAGGCAGCACCUGAAGAGUGUCAUGCUCCAGAUUGCUGCCACGGAGCUCGAGAAGGAGGAAAGCCGCCGAGAAUCGGAGAAGGCCAACUACCUAGCAGAGCACUGCCCGCCGCUGCACCUGCCGGGGUCCAUGUCUGAAGUGCAGGACCUCUGCAGGCAGCUCCAUGCCAAGGUCGAUGCCGCUGAGGAGGAGAAGUACGACAUGGAGAUGAAGGUUCAGAAGAGCACCAAGGAG